UUGUUAUAUGUUAAAAUGUAUUUGCUAUUAUAUUUUUGUAUAAUAUUAUUUGUUCCACAUUUAAGUGGAAAAAAUGUUUUGACAUCUUUGGAGACGAAUAAUAAUAUUAGCAACAGUAAAAAUUCUACUGAAUCAAUAUUAAUCGAUUUCAAUAAUUCAAACGUUACUCUCAACACCGAGGGUGGCUCAAUUAAACCAGAAUUGCCUUUAAUUUCUCUGCCGAAGGAAGUUCAUUCUGACCUCUCUAAUUUGGACAAGGAAAUUGUUAAUUCGAAAGGGAAAUCUAUUGUUCCUCGAAAAGGGGUUCAAUAUGAAUCAGCGGAAGAUACUUUAUUCAAGCUAAAUCAUUCAGAGAGAAUUGAUAGCACCGUAAGUGACCCAAAAUUUUCGAAUAAUACAGUAAUUGCAGCAUCACUUCAACCUCCAUCUUCUAAGCCGUCCACUCUUCUCUCGUCGAGUAGUGUUGGGAGCGCUAAAGAUAGCACAUUGAACAAAACGCAAAGUACAGUAAGCCCUAAGAAACCUGCAGUGUUGUCAGCUGAAGCAUUGAGUGAAACAGAUCGAAGAGUACAGAUAGAAAAAGCUAAGACAGAGAGUUCAUCAAAGUCAAUUGUUUCUGAUCAACUACCUUCACCUAGUGUGAAGCAUGAACCAGCAACCCACAGUCGCCAUCCUGAUUUGGUCAUGCCCAUUGUUAUAACAAUGCUGGUGGUACCUAUGUUUGCUGUUCUUGGCUACAUGGCACUUCGCCGAGGACAAGAGGCUUGGAAGAAUAGACAUUACAAAAGAAUGGAUUUCUUGUUAGAUGGUAUGUACAAUGAUUGAUGAGCUCUAAGGAUUCCUAACAAAGCUCAUUGCCAAUCUUGGUUGUUGUGAUAAAAAUAACUCUUUUUUUAUAUCUUGUAAUAUGUAGCUUUGUUUUAUUAUACCUAUGCUUAGCCUAGUAAAGGCCAAGGUUGUUUCUUAGUGCAUAAUCAAAAAAUGCAAUAACUGUUGAUAACAUAAAAUAUUUAUUUUUCUAAAUUAGAAUUUAAGAUAGGUACAAUUGUAAUUUUAAAAAUAAUUUGACUGAGAAAAAUCAAA